GCGCCCGCAGACGUCAGGGACCCGCGCGCCAGGCCGCGGGGCCGCCGCUCCGCCCGUGGGCUCGGCCGGGGCUGCCGCGAGCGUGCGGGCCGCGCCGGGCAUGUCCUAGGCGGCGGCCCCGCCCAGCGCUCGGCCGGCAGGUGCGGGCGGGAGGGCCGGGGCCGCGCCGGGGCCGAGCCGCAGGGCCAGACGGGCCUUGCCUGCGCCAAGAUGAGCGUCACCUCCUGGUUCCUGGUGAGCAGCGGCGGCACCCGCCACCGGCUCCCGCGAGAGCUCAUCUUCGUGGGGCGUGAUGAGUGUGAGCUUAUGCUGCAGUCCCGCAGCGUGGACAAGCAGCAUGCCGUCAUCAACUACGACCAGGACAGGGACGAACACUGGGUGAAGGACUUGGGCAGCCUGAACGGGACGUUCGUGAACGACGUGCGCAUCCCGGACCAGAAGUACGUCACUCUGAAGCUCCACGACGUCAUCCGGUUCGGCUAUGAUUCCAACAUGUACGUGCUGGAGCGUGUGCAGCACCGGGUCCCCGAGGAGGCGCUCAGGCACGAGAAGUACACUAGCCAGCUGCAGGUGAGCGUCAAGAGCCCGGCACCCAGGAAGGGCGAGGCACUGCCCCAGCACACCCCCUACUGCGAGUCCUCGAGCCCCAGGCCGGAGAGGGUGGACCGGAGGCCGGGAGCAGAGGCAGCAGCCUACCGGACCCCUCUGUACGGACAGCCCUCCUGGUGGGGCGAGGAUGAGGGCGACAGUCCGUGUGAGGACCGGCGCCCGGAGGAGCCCGACCCAGAGCGGCCCAAGGAGCCGUCGCAGCAGGACAGGGAGCUGGCCGGGACAAUGGCCGGCUUCCGGGCUGCAGCGGAGCCUCCCAGCUACGCGUUCAGGCGGGAGCCCAGUUACUUCGAGAUCCCCACGAAGGAGGCCCCGCCGCCACGGCCCCCCGAGGCGCCGGUGCAGGAGGCCCCCACCAAGGACGUGGAGCCCGGCGUGGCCGGUGCGGCCCCCGUGGUACAGAGCCACGCCUCCUUCACCAUCGAGUUUGAUGACGGCAGCCCCGGCAAGGUUAAGAUCAAGGACCACGUCACCAAGUUCUCCCUGCGCCAGAGGAGGCCGCCUGGCAGGGAGGCCACGCCUGCGGAGGCCGUCUCCGCGGAGACCAAGGUGGCCGAUUGGCUGGUGCACAAUGACCCCAGCCUGCUGUGCCGGGCCGGCCCCGGUGACGACCGCCACAGCACCAAGAGUGACCUGCCCGUGCACACCCGCACCCUCAAGGGCCACAAGCACGAGGACGGCACACAGAGCGACUCGGAGGACCCCACGGCCAAGGCGGCGGCGGCCGGGGUCCCCGCGGAGGGCGGCGGGGCGCAGGUGCGGCUGCAGAGGCAGCUGAAGCGGGACCCCCAGGAGCUGCUGCACAACCAGCAGGCCUUCGUCAUCGAGUUCUUCGACCAGGACGCGCCCCGCAAGAAGCGCUCCCAGUCUUUCACGCACACCCCUGCUGGGGACCCCAAGGCUGACAAGCGCCGAGGCCCCGGGCCGGCCGACAGGGACCGCCCCGGCGCCCCGGCCCCGGCCCCGGCGCGGGGGACGGGCGGCAGCUCGGGGCCACAGCGGGCCAGCUCGCUCAAGCGGGAGAGGACAGAGGAGCGGCUGGGGGGGUCCUCGCCCGCCCCCCGGGCCUCCCCGCGGCCCUUUGGCAGUGUGGGGCGCCGUUCCCGUCUGGCCCAGGACUUCAUGGCUCAGUGCCCGUGGGACGGCUCCCCUGCCGCCCGGCCCGGCCCUGACAAGGCAUCCCCAGAGUCGCCUGCCCCUGAGACCCCCCGUGGGGCCAGCCCCGUGGCCCCUGCGACCCCGCCGCCGCCCCCCGCUGACCCCCAGCUGACCAAGGCUCGGAAGCAGGACGAGGACGACAGCCUGAGCGACGCGGGGACUUACACCAUCGAGACGGACGUGCAGGAUCCGGAGGUGGAGGAGGCCCGCCAGAUGAUCGACCAGGUCUUUGGGGUACUUGAGUCUCCUGAGCUCUCCAGGGUGUCCUCGGCCACCUUUCGUCCGGUCAUCCGAGGGGACAGAGACGCGGCCGGUGACGGGGUGGCCCAGCGCAUGGCCCUCCUGCAGGAGUUUGCCUCCCGGCCAGUGGGCGUAGACCCCCAAGGGGGGCUCCAGGGCCUCACGGUGCCGGGCUCCCCCGGGGGUCAGAAGUGGGUGUCCCGCUGGGCCAGCCUGGCUGAUAGCUACUCAGACCCAGGCCUGGCAGAGGAGGGCCCUGGGCGCAGAGCCGGGGAGCUCGAGGGGGCUCUGCCCGUGCGCCAGCGACGGCUACUCCCACAGCUGCCCGGCGACAGGGCAGACAGCCCUGGGGGCCUUGAGGCCACCAGGAGGAGCGGCCCCGGGCCUCCGGAGCCGGGCAGUGAGCAGGCCAGCUGCCUCUUGGGCCAGGAGGACUUGGAGCCCGACAGCCUCAGCGAUGCCAGUGGGUCGGAUGGUGGGCGGGGCUCCGAGCUGGGCGGGGCCCCGUGUGAGGAGAGACGCAGGAGCCCCCAGGAGGGCCCUGCGUGGACGAAGGGCCGGCGCUCGCCAAGGGCCCCCGGGGAGCCAGCCCCCACCUCUUUCUUCAUUGGGGACCAGAACGGGGAGGCGGCCUUCCCCAGGAAACCGUCUGUGGCUCCGGGGGAGGCGGAGGGCCCAGGACGGGUGGCCCAGGCCAGCCCCCUGGUGAGGGACGGCGUCUACGUAAGCACCAGCGGGAGGAUGGUCAUCCAGCUGCGGACAGGGCGGUCCCCGGAGCCCGAGGGCUCUGCCCCGGCCUUGGUGCGGCAGGAGAGCUUCAGCAAGGAGCCGGCCGUUGGCCCCCCGGCGCCUGGCCAGCUUCCACACAUCUCCAGCCACCCCCUCCUGCAGGACCUGGCCGCGGCCCGGGCCUCACGCACGGACCUCCACCCUCAGGACACCCACCUGAUUCUGAAGGAGACGGAGACGGCCCUGGCAGCCCUGGAGGCCCGACUGCUUUCCAAGCCCACGGACGAGGCCGAGGGCCAGAUGGGCGGUGCCCCCGGGCCGCCGGACGACUCCCUGUCCGGGGACUCUGACGUGGACACGGCUAGCACUGUGAGCUUGCUCAGCGGUAAGAACGGGCCCAGCCCGACCGGCGCCCAGCCCACGGGGCUGCAGAAGGACAAGCCGCCGUCCCCGCCGGCAACACAGGACCCGGGGACCGUCUCCUUGAACAGCGCCCGGGACCGGCUGUCAGAGAAACGUCGCCCGCCGGGCCCUACCGACGCGAGGCGCGUGGCUGCGCGGCGUGGCCCUGGGCCCCGGGUGCCCUCGGACUGGCCUGAUGAAGAACGAGGCUCGGGCCCGGCCCACCCGCCUGGCACGGACACGGUCACCUGUGACCACGAGCCCCCCGCGGCCAGCGGGGCAGGGCGGCCAGGGCCUCGCCGGAAGCCUGCGGCCCCACCGCCGUCUCCAGCCACCCGGGAGGAGCCGGGCCGAGGCCCCACGGGCUCCCAGAAGGCACAGCAGGUGCUGACCCGCUCCAACAGCCUGUCCACCCCCCGGCCCACGCGGGCCUCCCGGCUGAGGCGGGCCCGGCUGGGGGAUGCCUCGGACACGGAGGCUGCAGACGGGGAACGGGGACCCCCAGCCAACCUGGAGCCGGUGGGCCGGCCGGCUGCCGAGCAGGCCAAGAAGUUGUCACGCCUGGACAUCCUGGCCAUGCCGCGGAAGCGGGCCGGGUCCUUCACGGGGCCCGGCGACUCGGAGGCGGCCCCCGCCCGGGCCGGCUUCUCCGGCCGCAGCGUCGAGCUGUACUGCGCUGGCCGCAAGCCCGUCAUGGCCGAGGCGCGGGCCGCUGCCAGGAAGGCCGCCAGUUCCACCACGGUGCCCCGCCAGCCCUUCAGCAGGGCCCGCCCGGGCAGCGCCCGAUACUCCUCACCCAGCACACGCCGAAGGCAGCAGGGCUCAGACUGCACGUCCACGUCCGAGGAGGAGUACGGCUCCCCCAAACACGCACGCGCCCGCACCUCGGCAGCCACGCAGACCCCACGGGCCGGCAGCUCCGGCCGGACCCGACCCCGGGCCCCCGGCCUCCGGGACACGGACGACGAGGAGGAGGAGGAUCCCGACCCCUACGGUUUUAUCGUGCAGACGGCAGAGAUCGCGGAGAUUGCCAGGCUGAGCCAGACGCUAGUGAAGGACGUGGCCAUCCUGGCCCGGGAGAUCCAUGACGUGGCUGGGGACGGCGACUCGUUGGGCUCACCGGGGCCCGCCCGUAGCCCCUCCCUCAGCAACGUGCCCAGCACCCCUGCCUCAACCAUCUCUGCCCGUGAGGAGCUGGUGCAACGAAUCCCUGAGGCCAGCCUCAACUUCCAGAAGGUGCCACCUGGCCCCCUGAGCUCUCGGGACUUGGACCAGAAUAUGAACGACCGCUGUGAGGACCCCCUCGCCAACAAGAUGCGGCCUUGGAACCGUGAGGAGGUGAUCUUUGACAACCUGAUGCUCAACCCCGUGUCCCAGCUGUCCCACGCCAUCCGAGAGAACACGGAGCACCUGGCCGAGAAGAUGAAGAUCCUCUUUCAGAACACAGGGCGUGCCUGGGAGGAGCUGGAAGCCAGGAUCAACUCGGAGAACGAGGUGCCCAUCCUGAAGACGUCCAACAAGGAAAUCAGCUCCAUCCUGAAAGAACUGAGGCGCGUACAGAAGCAGCUGGAAGUCAUCAACGCCAUCGUGGACCCCAGCGGGAAUCUGGACCUGCUGACCGGAAACCGGGGCGCUGUGGGCUCGGCCCAGCUUGGGAAAGGCCGGCCGGCCGCCCAGAGCCCAGCGUCGCCCCCCUUGGCCCUGCCUCUGAGGAGCUGCCCGCCGCGGGCGAACUGCGGGUCCCCCGGCCUCCCGGACCCCGCCUUCCUCCCCGACUUCCUCCCUGACGCGGAGAGGUUCCUGAUCUAGGUGGUGGGGGCCGCGGCGGUCCCCCUGUGCCCCCGGGGCCGGUGCCGCCAGCCCCCUUUACCCGCCACUGCGGCCCUUCCCGGCUGCGGACGGUUCACGCGGAGCCCCCCGCACGUGCCAUAACCCCUGGGCAGGGGCCUCGGUUCCCCGGGCCCCUCCCUAGCUCCCAGCAGCACCCCAGCUGGACGGGCCGGCCCGGCCCGGCUCCCGUUGCGGCCACCGCCGAGGCCCGCGUCACAGGUGUGUCCCCUGCCUCCUCUCCACGCUGUCCUUUUUGUCUUUAGCUUCUGAGGAAAGAGUCGUCUGUGCCAUCGCAGCGGCUCCCUGGGCCCGGGAGGCCCCUCCCCCGCCUCUGGCGCCGGGGACUGCUGUUCUGUCGGAGGCCCCGGGCGCCGGCCGUGGCUGGGCCAGGGGGUGCCAUUCAGUGCCAAACACAGAGCCGGGAGGGGCUGGCGGUGCCCCGGGACCGGAGGCCGGGGCGCACCCGGCCGGGGCCCUCACGGGCAGCUCUGCGGCCCAGUGGCCUGGGGCGGGGACGUGGCCCGCGGAGACGUUCGGGGCGGGAACCCCACUUCUUUGGUGCCAACGCAACUGCCAAGCCCACCGAGUGUGUGGCUGCUGCCACGCCGGCCGUGCACACGGGCACACACGCAUGCUAGACACGCGCCCGUGCUCCCGUCCAGCCCAGGCACGUGUCCACACUGCAGGGCGGUAGGUCCCAGCUCGGGACGCCGGCCGCACUCGGCUUCCUGCGGUUCUAGGCCGGGUGGGGGUGGGGGGGGUGGUGAGCACUAGACCCAAGUGGCUGGAAACCAGAGCCUCCCCGGGCCGCCCGCCCUCCCCCACCCUCAGCCCCGUCCUCCCUGAUGCUGUGGGCAUUACCUGGGUGUCUGGCUCGGGGCCCCGCAGGCUGCUGUGCUCCGGUCCCGGUGCAGGGGCGGGGCGGGGAGAGCAGGGAGAGACCCCCCCCCCUCCCCCCCAGGGACAGUUUGCCUUCUCAGGGUUCUUUCAGCUGGGAACACGCCGGGGGGGGGGGGCAGAGCACGCCCCCCAGGGGGGCCCGUUUCUGGAGCCUCUAAGCCAAAGAGCCCGCGGGCUGUGGCAGGUGGGGGCGGGGCUGGCCCACCCUGGCCGCCUUGGCGCGGGGUCGCCGUGCACCCUGCCUGGCGCCUGUGUGAGUGGCGGUUGCGGGACGGGGCCCGGAGGCCAGUGGGUGUGAGUCCGGGCCCCAUGGGUGACGUGUGUGUCCGUGUUUACAUUUAGCUGAUGUGGACUCGUGUGCAUGGGUCCUGUACGCCCCCCCCCCCCCCGUUUCUGUGUGUGAGUGGUGGCGGGGUCCCUGCCAGGACCCCGCCCCUCGAGCCUGCUGGUCCACACAGAGGAGGUGCCGGCCCCUGUCUCCUGCAUGCCCCGCACAGCCGCCCGCAGCCCGUCCCCUGGAAGCAAACAGUGGCCGUUCUCCAUCCACACCCACCCUCAGUGAUCGUUGUACGCUUUUUUUUAUUCACAAAUUCCCGUUCCUCCCCCUUCCAGCCUUCGACUCGGGAUCGGUAACUUAUUGGUCUGACUUCUUGGAGGUACUUCUGUCUGUCUGUCCUCAGGUGGUCUUACGGCUGUCUUUCGGAAAACGAUUAUUUUAUAUGAGUUGUCAUGGAAUUUGUUCUAAUAAAUCAUUCUAUCACAUGG